AUGAAACUCGCUGCCAUUGCCUUCCUUGCCUCGGCCGCUCUUGCCCAGCAGCAGCAGGGUCCCGUGCAGCGCAUGCAGGAUGUCCUGCCAACCCCGCCUGCCGCCAACAUUGCCCCGCAGUUCGAAAUGCCAGGCAUCCAGCCCAACAUUCCGGUUCCCAACGUCGAGGCAACUGAGCCCAUGCAGUCUGCUGUGGCCCGCCUGGCUUCGUUCUUUGACUUUUCGCACAUUUCGGGCGAGAACACUGACACGCCGACGGUUGUCACCCAUGUGUUUGAUCCGGCUACGGGCAGGUUCACCCACCUGUCGUACAAUGUGGUGCAGAACGGCAACGCGUACUAUGUGCCGGUGUGCAGCGUCGACUCGAUUGUGCAGGCUGGGUCGUCGGCUAUUCCGGCCAGCGAUAGCUGCCAAUACGGCAUCCAGCUGAUGCCGGUGCCGCGCAAUGCGGCCAGCGUGAUGCUCAGGGCCAUGCGCAUGGUACUCAGGCUACUUGCACGCGUUCCGAGACUGCUGCCUGUGAUUCUGGGUGGUCAGCCUGGUGCUAGUGCGUACACCUUUGCGGACCAGCCACAGAUGUAG